AUGGACCCAGAAGAUUACGAGAAUGUCAGUUUGGGGAAAAUAUCGCCCUGGCCACUGGGACAAUUUCUUAGGGUGGAGACACGUCAAACUCCCAAGACUCCAUACAUUGUCCGUGCUGCUCUGAUCCUUCUGACUACGGCCCUGGUCGCCUCUCUCGUUGCCGUGACCAUCUUGUAUUUCCAGGGAGAAAGACAUCACAGGAGAGGGGAGGAGGCAGGAAGACAGAGUUGUCUGGCCAACAUCAGUGCCUUGAAUUUGGAAAUCCAAGAGUUCAGAGGGCGUUUGGAGAACAUGACGGCGCUGGCUUCGGAGGUGAAGACGUUAAGAAACCAGCUGAGACGCGCCACCGCGACGACCCGGGGUCCGGAAAGCUUGGAAGUCUAUUUGGAGGGGACCCCUGUGGUUAGGAAGGACCCUGUUAGAGUGGGUGACCGUCUGGAGGAUGCCCUUACCUUCAGUGAGGCCAGCGAGCUACAAGGCGGUCCUUCGGGGGAUGCAUUUAGCCGAGCCCCAGAUACGGUGCCACCUCAUGCAGAGAACACCACGGCGUUCGCUGGGUUCGCUGAUGUGUCAAAGAGCUAUUUGGAGGCCAUCCCGGCUCCCAGGAAGGACACAAAGAAGCCACAAGGCCAUUUGCAAAACGUCACUUCAGGCGAAGACCCUGUUACGUUAAAACGAGAUUUGGAGAACAUCAGCGUCUCCUAUAAAGCAAUGAGAGCCGAAUAUAAUGCCAUCCUAAACAUGUUCCUUGGAGGCUGGAGGCUGUACGGAGGGAAUCUCUACUAUUUUUCUCAAGAUAAAAAGUCCUGGGACGAGGCGGAGCGCUUUUGCAAGUCUUGGAAUUCCCACCUGACAUCCGUGACGUCCAAGAAAGAGCAGGACUACCUCUCCAAAAAGAGCAAAGGCACUCCUCACUGGAUCGGACUGAGGGACAGAGGGACGGGACGCCGACGGAGUUGGUCGGAUGGGACGCCGUUCCAAGAGGCAGAGAGCAAGUGGUUUUGGGAAGAAGGUCGGCCGGACAACCGGAGGCAAGAAGAGGAAUGUGUCGAGAUGCGGACAAAAGAGCGAAGCUCGUGGAAUGGUGGGGACUGUCAAAAUCGGCUGCAUUGGAUCUGUAAGAAAGUUCCUAGGCAGUUUGGGUCGAGCACGUAGGAGGAUGACAGGACCGUAUCUCUGAGCGUCACUGAACUCCAAAGGAGGAUUGAUCAUCCAGAACUGGACUAAAAAGCAAACUGGACACC